AUGAACGGGCGCCGUUCAGAAAGCACCAUCAGCAUCAUCGAUGGUCCCAUCACAUCCUCUACUGUGUACACCUCGGCGGAAGGCAGCUUGGACUUUGCGACCUGCAGUCCUACUGCGGUGAUGGGCGGUCGUCCGUCCGUUUCUGUUGUUGCAGAUAGAAUAGCUGUUUUGGUUCACACCAGUCCGACUGGCACUGAAGUUCAACACUGCGUGGGGGUCGUCAACGGCGAGGGACAGGUGCAGUGGGGAAGACACAUGCAAUUUGCGAAAGGAACCACCCCCAGUGUUUCCACAAACGAUAUGUGGAUGGCUCUCGCAGUUUACGACAACGGCGAGGGCAAACUCUCCAGUAGAUAUGGAAUAGUAAACCCCGAGACGAAAGACAUAACGUGGGGCAAGAGCCAGAAUUGCGGCAGUGGGAUACAACCCUCAGUUGCUCUUAGAACAGACGGAAAGAUUGUGGAAGUGCACGAAGAGAAACACCUUUUCAAGAAGAGUUUGUACUAUCGAUUGGGUCAAGUGGACAUGGGUAGGUGUGGAGUACACUGGGAGCACCCCGUAAAGAUGACCAGCAAAGCAGCAAAUGCUAAAAUUGCUAUGAGUGAUGAAGGGUAUGUUGUGGAAGUCCAUGAACAUGAAGGAGACAGUGCCUUGUGCUACACUGUGGGUGAGCUGAAAGACACCCACAUAGAAUGGGGGAAGACCCACUACUACGACGUGGGCUCUUCACCGAAUGUGUGCAUCAAGAACUGGAGCACAGCUAGUCGAAGUUUCAUCAAAACACUGCGUCAGAUAUACAGUAUCGCAUGGAAUCAUCAACCUGAAGCAGAUGAUCAUUGA